GGGGCGGCAGUGUGGCGGCUGGGGCGGGCCUGCCAGCAUGUGGUGGAGCACUCCCAGCUCGCACCCGCCUACCACUGCCGCCCACGUGCUCCCUUUCUCUCCCACACACGCACUCACACACACCACACCCACACACAGCUCCCCUAGUGAUCGCAGUUAUAGUGAUUCUGCGUUACGUCUUCACCAGCACCACUCACAAAAACUGUACCAGUGGCAUAUACUGAAGAAGGUUGAAACCGAGGCCUUCACUGCCCAGGCUAUGUAAACAUGGACACUAACAUUACAUAACGCAGACUUUCAAGGCUGAUCACUGCGAACAACGGUAAUCAUUAAUGAAGUAACCAGCUUUCGGUGCACCAGUAACAUACAUCCUGUUAUGAAGGCAAGGUUUUAAGGUGGCGAGGAGGUUGACAGUACUGUAGUGCCAACCAGAGUGCCAGGCAGGUGCCAGUGAAUGCCUGUGGUGUAAAGACCCGGACUCUACCCUGCCCCCCUCCUACUUAGGGACGAACGGCACGCCAGACAGAGGCGCUUCUCGUCUAGCUAGCGGAAGUGCGACAAGCUGGGCGCUGAUACUGUCCCAGUGCCCCACGUCAACACACCUCCCAGAACUCCGUAGCGCUUGGUGGGCUCAGUCCUCCGCACGCGCUUUACCUUGGUGUACCGCGACCACCUGCUGCUCCUGCUUGCUGGCUCCUUCAGUGCACGAUGGCUCGCGCUUUUCAAUAGUCUUUACGUGACUGCACGCGUGAACCCCGGAUGACUGACUGGAGAUGCGACACCAAGGUUAGCCUUUGAUCUUGAUCUGCGGCGCUACAACGGUACAAGACUGUCACGUGUGGACCACAGCACCAACACCUGCACAGGAGAGAUCUGUUUUUUAUAAGUAGUGUGAUAAAAGACUUUCCAUUACGAUGAAAGAAACGUAGCAAGUAGCAUCAACAGGAAUGUGUCAGUAGGUUCUGGACUUUGUGAAACUGCUUAAAGUUGUCAGAUAACUAUUUUGGUGCUUAACAGGUAAAACACCUCCCCCAGUGAGAUGUGACAGUAUUCCAGAGUGUGUGGUCGUCAACUCAUUAAUAAGGCAGGUGCCGUGGCCUGCCAGCAGGGGAGGGCGGCCUCUCUUAGCGGCUGAGAGGAUGCCAUACCGCGGGGACAGACACGAGGACAGACCCAAGUUCACCACAGACAUCAACUAUGUCAAGAAAAUGCCUGGGACCAUCAUUUUCGUCCAGUUGGUGUGCAUGGGGCUGGGGUUCCUGUUGGCCCUGGGAGGCUCCAUGGUAUGGAAAGUCAAGUCUGGCCACGCGUUUUUCACCUUCGUUUCCUUCAUGAGUUUCCUGAGCUGCAUCUGCUGGCUGCUGGUGCACGUGUUACAGCUCUUUUCCCUCUUCAAGACACCCAUUAAUUGGAACAUAGUGGGAAUGGGGUUCAACGGGGUGAACGGGUUCCUGGUGAUGGUAGCCAGCUGUCUCAUGAUCGAUGUGGCGUUGGAGGCAAGAGCGCUCAAGGCUGCUGGGGUGUUCGGGUUCCUAGGGUUUACGGGGUUCCUGGUGGGGCUGGUGUGGGAGGCGCUGAAGUGGCACAAGGACAAGGACUCAGGCCAAGGCUUCUCUACUGCCACCGUUGUCCGCGGCGCUCCGAGACCUGACACUCCAGAGAGUGACGACUGUGUGGACCUUCGCGAUGAGGUAGCAGGUGAAGACGACAAGGAGGCUUCAGUGGGCUUCGUGGGCAUGAGGGCUAGACCCGUGUCCUCUUUCGUUCAGCCCGCCACCAACGGGGAGGUGACCACGCCCAUGCUGUAUGCCCCCGGCUGGCAGGACAAGACCGAGAGUCCUCCUGGCGUCGCCCGCAACUCUGACAACUCCUCAGACUCCUCCAUUCAGGGAGAAUGGCAGACACCUUCCUGAGCCCCGUCACACCCCCCACCCCUCUCUCUCUCUCUGCUGACACUAAAGUCUGGGUGUUCUCUCUCCCUGAUGACAGUGAAGUUUAAGUGUUUCCUCUCCCCCUCUUAGCUGACACUGAAGUCUGAGUGUCCUCCCUUCCUCCUUACUGCCACUAAACCGCACAUGUAUCUCCAUGAUAGUGUUUGUGUUUAAAGACAGUCGUUUUGUGGCUGACGACAUUUAUGGUGACUCAGCUUAACUUUCAUUAAUGCUUAUGGAGACUAGAUUUAGUAUUUGAUAUCACGUGAGCACAAUGCAGUCUCUUGUUACACACCAUAACUAUGAAUUGAAUUGAAUUGAAACAGUUUAAUUAGCAAGAAAAAUACAUGACUCGCAAAAUAGUGACAGAGGUGACAUAAUUUUUCUCUUUGCUCUUGAAUGAGUCUUGUGAUAAUUUACUGUGAAUGAAUGUUCACCUUUGCUACACUCCGUGUAGGCCUACCUGUACAUGUUUAUAGUAUUGUCAUGAUUGUUUUCCCUUUGUUGGAAUUUAGACUAAUUUGUAUUGUUUUGAAAUGUGAAUGAACAUUACAGUAAAGCAAAUGUAUCAUUUCUAAAUUACUGUAAAUAUUGACAAUUAUUUCUUAGUUUUGAAGUAUAUUGUAAUAUUAGCGUAUUUUUAAAGAUUUAUAAGGUGUUUGAAGUUUUGAUAAUAAUGUUGAUUUAUAUUUAAGGAACAUAAGAAAAUGCAGAAUACGUCACAGGUAGCUUCUAAAGUCAGACAGACACAAGCUUGUGAAAGAGACCUAGGGGUACUUGUAAGCCCGGACCUACGGCCUAGAAAACAGUGCGUUAUUGUUCGAAAUAAGGCAAACAGAGUAUUGGGUUUUAUAUCUAGAAGUGUA